AUGGAAGAAAUAAAAGCUUGUAUUUAAAGUCCUUAGGGAUUUUAGCUAAAUAUAAAUAAAGUAUUGGAUAAAUUGAAAAAAGAGAGGUAUAGUUAUUAUUAAAAUAUAAAGUGAACUUGCUCCUAAUUUUAUUCAAUAUGCUGAUGAAAUAUUUUAAAGUAAUGAAAGCCUAUUAAAGAAGUAUCUCAUUUUAAUGGUAUAGUUAAUUACUUAUAAAAUUAUAGAUUAUUAGAGAAGCAGUUUGCACAAAUCCAGUUGGAUCUGUUACAAAUAAAUUAGCUAGCAAUAAUUCAAUUUUGAAUUAUUUAUAAGAUAUUGUUAUGUUUCAACCAGGUUCUGAUGAUGAAUAUAAAGGAAUCUAUAAAUUUGAAAAUGAUAGUAAUUUAGAUUAAUUACUAAAUUGUUAGCUCCAUAGAUUGCUAUAAAAUAUUUCAAUUUGAUAUUAGAACUAAUCAAAUUUUUGGCUGAAAAAUAUCCUGUUACUUCAACUAACAAAUCCACUAAGUUUAAAAUCUUGUAUGACAGAUUGGUUCAAUAAGAUAUUGUCUUUCCUAAACAAAAUAGAGAAUUAACAGCAGAUAUUAGUGAAAUAGAGGAAGCUGUUGAAUAGAAUUAACCUGUAAAAAGACAAUAAAUACAAUAAAUGGAAUCUAAUAGAGAAAAUGGAAUAUAAUAAGUGGAGGAAUUACAAAUUGAAAUGAAUGAAUAAAUUGACACAAUUUGGGAUAUGCUUAAUGAUUAAAAUUGCAAUCCAGAGGGUGCAAAAGACAGUACCUAAAAAUUAUGAUUUUAGUGUUAUAGUUUUAUUGUGAUACUUUUAAAGAGAGCGAUGCUAAAUUACAAUAAUUGGAAUAUGAAUUAUCUGAUAAAUUGAGUCAAUAAUAAAAGGAUUAGAUUGAAUUGUUAUGUAAUUUCAUAAAGAUUUUCAAUUUAAAGUUUAAUCAUUUUGAAAGAAAUAAAACUAAAAAUGGAUUUUUAGAAUUUCAACAUGCUGUUUUAACAGAAGCUAGUAAAAUUACUAAAAAGAAUUAUACUCCAUCUGAUGCUUAUUAAAAAUCUAAAAUUUAACCUCUUUCUCCAAUAAGAUAAAUAGGUUAAGAUGAUACAUAAGAUGUAUCAAGAUUAAAUGAAUUAACAAAUACUUAAAUUGAAAAGAAGGAGAAAAUUAUUUCUUAAAUUAAUUAUUAAAGAGAUUUAGAAUAAUAAUAAUAAUAAUAAUAAUAAUAAUAAUAAUAAUAAUAAUAAUAAUAAUAAUAAUAGAUUGAUUAAUCAAGAUCUUAAAAUAAAAUUAAAUAAGUUGAAAAAUAAAAAGUAAUUUAAUAAUAGUAAAAUAAUUAAUAUGAUGAAUAUGAUCCAUUCGAUAUGUAAAAUUAACUUUUAUAAUAACAAAUUUAAUAUGAUUAAUAGUUCUAAUAAAAGUAGUAUUAAGAUCAAUAAAAAUAUUAAAAUUAAUAAGAUUUACAUCAAUAAAAAUCUUUUAAACCAGCUUAAUAAAGUAAUACACUUUUACUUGAAACUGAAUAUUCAUAAUUUGAGUAAACGAUACCAUAAUAGAAUAAAAAUUAAUUUGCAUAAGAUUAUUAUUAAUAACCCUAAAGAUAAGAGAAUAAAAAUUUAUCUUUGUAAUAAUAUGAAGAUUAGUAUACUUAAAAACCUUAAGGAAUGAAAUUAACUUUUGGUAAUAGUGUAGAUUAAGAAUAAGAUAAAAAGAAUGUUGGGUCAAAUUAAGAUUAAUUUAAAGAAAUUAGAAAUUCAUAAUAAUAUGAUGUUUUUAAAUAGUAAAUUAGUGCACCUUAUUCAGGUCAUUAAUUAAAUAAUCAAUUUCUAGAUAUAUAAUAAAAAUUAAGUAAAUGUGGAUAUACUUAAAAAAUGAUUGAUGUUUGGAAGAAGACAUGUUUAUUAGGGAAGGGGAAUUUAUUUGAGAAUGAAUUAAUUAGAGUUUAUUGUACAUUUGGAUUAUAAUUUUAAGUGUUGAAUAAUAAAAAUUACUUGAAAAUAUCAUUGUAUAUUUUUAAUAAGGUUGAUCAAAGUUUGUCAAUUAAUAUCAAAUUUUAAGGAGAUAAAUGUAAUUAUGAAUUUAUUACAUACAGCAACUAAGUUUUGGAUAAAAUAAGACAAUAAAAAGAUUUUGGAACGAGAAUUACAAUAUUUAAUAGUGGUUGAUGAAUGCAAGGAACUUAUUAAUUGUAAAAUAGAGAUUGAAAAUUAAAUAUUAAAUGUGUUGUUACCAACAUGUCAAUAUAACUUUAUAGAUUUCCUUGAUUUAAGAGCAGAAAUAUUUUAAGUAAAGAUUAAGGAUGUUCGAUUAUAUUAAAGUCAUCCAUUUAGAUUAUAGAUUGGUUGGGACACAUUUAAGAAAAUUAGAUUUACUGAAGUGAAUAAUUACUAUGGUAUAGGAUUUAUAAUAAUUUAAUUAGGAGCUACUUAUGGAUAUAAUAAUUAUAUUAGAGUAAUGAUGAUUGAGAAAAAUAUAUGGAUCAUAGAGGCUACUGAUUAAAAUCUCAUUCCAUAAUUAUUAUUUUUGUUUUCUUGA